CCAAAUUUUUUUCAUUCUUCAUCUUUCUCUUCGCGAUUACUUAGUAUUUGGCGCCCUCUGUUUGGUUGAUCUUCCAGACCGACCCAUUAGAGUCUAUAUUACUAUUAGAACCCAUCUGUCGUAGAUGCUUUCUAAACAAAGUUGCUUCUAGCCUCACCUUGAAUUUUUUAGCCGCUGAAUACAAUUAGCACACCAGACCUGAACCGACAUAUGCGUUUGCGUUACGUGAUAGGCAUCCUUCGAUAUUCUUGACUUGUUAUCAUAAUAAGUGGUUGGUACGAUCUGCGCACCAAUUUUAAACCUUCCAGACUUCACUCACUUUAAUCAUCUCAACUACCACUCCUCUGGGCCUUGUCCAACCAAUUCUUCAAGGAUGCCUUCUUCGCUCAUUAAUAACGACUCUGUGCCGAGCACACCAAGGUCACCAAUGCCCUAUCGCUCGAGAACUACUUCAUUACUUCCUAUACCUACGAGAAGCAGCACAUCCUUGAGUUCAUCCCUCAGGGGCCCAUCACACCCCUCUCCAACUGCUCAAAGCCCCAGCUCUGCUAGAAACAGAAGCACCAUCAGUAGUCAAAAAUCGCCUUCUCAUUCCGUUCAAUAUUCAGUGGGUAGCGUGAGGACCCCAACCAGACUACCUAUUAGCCGCCAGCCUUCCUUCUCCCCGAGAGAAACCCCUGUCAAGUCUACCACGCUAUCUCCCAAAUCAUCUAUGAAAACAAUCGCGUUGUCAUCGGCGUCUAGUAAACCGGCGGCAGGGAUUUCGGCAGGGCCCAAGAAACCAGCCGAUAAGCUGAACGAUGAGCAAGCCGAUCACUUCAGGAACCUCUCUAAAAGCUUCAAUCAUACCCUCCGCCGAAUACCCAGAAUUUCGACCGUCAACAUCACCGUCGACAAGGCCUAUCCAUUGCCUACGCCACUCUCCACGCCAGUUAAAUCUCAGCGGUCUGGUCCUCGGCGGCCAACAGCCUCAAACGCACUACCGCUGUCACAGGCACUUCGCCAACUUCCACCCCUGCAGUCACGUUCAAUGGCUUUCCACCAGACCCGCAAGGUCAAAAGCUAUCAAGAAUUGAAAGAAUCCAACGCUGCAGCUGUCCCAAGGGCCACCAAACACCCAAGCUCUUAUCACAACAAACCCAACGCUUCUCCUGAAAGUCUCCAAUCCAAAAUCACCCUAACGGAUGAUGGCUCAAGCGUUCGGACUAAGCUUGAAUACAACCAUCAUGCAUCCAUCUCAUCCUCCGUGGGCCCGCUGUCUGAAACGCCAUCACCUGAUCUCGCCUUAAAUCGUGACAACCGGCCCGCCGCCAUUCAAAUUCCCCCACAAGCACUGCCGUCGACUGUGGCUAACUCCGAGUAUCCUGAGCCACAAGAAUUUCAAUCUAGGGCAUACACUUUGGAGAGGUUGCAAUCCCUGAUUGGGAUGGAUGAGUUUCAAAGUCUGGUGGAUUCUGACGCGCUCUAUUGGCUAAUUAGCCAGCCUGGACUCUACGAAACUCAGCUGGAGAUCCAGGAGCGUGCCUUUCAGGUCUAUGCCCCUCAGAACGCAACAGACGGCCAAAAGCCACACGCUGUUGGCCACACACCGUUGGGCUUCGACUUUCCGCAAUCACGACCAUCGGCGGCCAUCCCUCAUGCCACCCUCGAGGCCGCCGCGCAUCGCACUCCAUCAUCGUCCGAUCCCGUGCCGCUAUUUGAAGGCUCGCCUAUGGCACCUUCUGAAGCUCCAUUGGCCGGACUGAGCUCGGGACCGAAGAAAUCCAACCAUGUCGGAAAUAUCCUUUUGGAAAAGUUGGGAUGGAAAUCGAAAUCCUCUACUACCCAAAACAACAAACAAGGCUCAUCCAAGAGUACGGGUAGAUCACUAAGGCCUUCUUCCUUCAUUUUGACUGCUUCCUCCCAGAAAGGCAAACUCUCUGGUCAAUUUGGCACCCCCGCAAAGUUAUCCAUUUCCGAGCAGCACAGGUUCUCCCAAAUUCUGGGCGCUAACUUGGAAAAGAUGAAUAAUUCGACUUGCGUAGUCUCAAUGGGAGAGCGACUCCAGGUUUUGCCAAUCCUUCCCUUCACCGUGAUCGAAGAAAUUUACCGCAGAGGAAUGCGAGUUCCAGGAAUCUUGCGUAUCUCAGGAGACCUCGACCGCAUUGAUGAAUUAGUGAAGAAGUUUGAAUUCUGUCCCAAGAAUGGAGUCGACGUUUCCUCCGAAGACAUCCACACGCUCUGCGGGCUUCUCAAGCACUAUCUGCGGACGCUACCGGAGCCUCUGUUCCACCCGGUAUUGAAUCACAUGUUCUGGAAGCUAUGCGUCGAGCCGAGCCAGACAAGACAGGCCGACCCGACGGAAGAUGAGCACUCGCAGCAAUUGCUGAUUGCCCGCUACCUCCUUCAACUCCUCCCCAGCCGGGCGUUGAGUCUGUUGACAUACGUUAUCCGAUUCCUUGCCCAGAUUCCGAUAUUUGUUGAGAACCGGAUCCAGCACGACUCGCUUGCAGGCAUGCUCGGUCCCGCUAUCUUUGUCCCUCGUGACAUCGGCCUGCCCGGCCUCGGACUCCAUCCUCGGGGACACAACAAACAAACUUCCUCGUCCACCUCCCCGGCAGCCCCCUUCCCCUCUCCAAAAUACACAGCCAGCUUCAUCGAAGAGUUAGACAAAAACGCAGUCAGCCGACGGGCGGCCGAGAGCACCCUGUGGUUGAUGAAUUACUCGAAGGUGCUCUUUGGAGCAGUACACGAUGCCGACCGUAGGAGAACUGGAGUACCUGCGGAGUUCAAGCUCGAAGCCACCCCUCGAGAAUCCGUCUCAUCAUCGCCCAAAGAAACCCAACAAGACUCACAUCGCCAACCAUUUCCCAGCCAGCUCACCGACAUCAUCGACAAAGAGCAGCUGACCCAAUCACCUCCACAAUCUCCAGUGACCUCAAUUCUCACCUACUCGUCAAACCUGACGGUCUCCCAACGGUCAACCAUUCACGAAGAACUGCCCGAGUUUUCGCCCUCGCGCUCCCUUCACUCGCCAAAGCAGCUUUACAACGACAAAUUGUCUGAGUUUGGACACGGGAGCACCCGAGCUAAAAGUCGUGCCGGUGACUCGGAAGAAUGCUCCGACAAGACUCUCCAACCCGAUUUAAAGUACAAUUCUCCGGCCCGGGCGGAAGAUCAACAUGAUCCGAAAUUCAACGAAGCGGCAGGAGGCCACAAACGGGAAUCAUCAAACCGACUGAGCUGCUCAUUGAGUACAGCUAUAGGCGGUUAUUCUAAACAAACCUCAGCUGAAGUCGAAAAGAGAAGCCGACGAAACUCGGAAAAAGUGAUUGGUUUACUGACAAACUACAUGGAGGCAAGAGAGGAGAAGAUUGUCAAGCAGGAGUCGUUAAUCGAAAGCUUAGUUGAAGAGAUCGAGAGGCUUCAGACCGUCGAAGAAGGGGACGCGGUCAUGCAGGAAAGCAUGCACAUGCAAACCCGCCCCGAUAUUCCUUCCCGCAAGAAUACUGCCGAUGAAGUCAGAUCAGACGGCAUGCGCCGGCAACAAGACUUUGAGUUGCACUCAGCUUUGAAAGCCGAGGCAUCGCAUGACGCGUCGGACAACAACCAUAACAAAUAUUCCGACUACCACGAACAGAUGUUCAACUUUUUGAGUCCCACCUCGGAUGAGCACACCAGCUACUCUUCAGGAACAGCAAACGGGACUAGUUUCGAAACUGAUUCAGACACUGAUUCGAUUACCUUGAAUUUCUUGAAUUCAGAAUCCGCCGAUGACCGUCGUGAUAGCAAGAGUCACCUCUUCGAUAUCAGGCAAGAGCAUGUCGAGGAUGAUGUAGUUGAGGAGCUCCAUCUAGGCACCUCAGCAUCCAGCCAGAACUCCCCAACCUCCUUGAGACAGAUCCGAAGAGCCAGCAAAUCCAUCAGCUCAGCUCAAGCCUGGCGCGAGCCCUCGGGACGGAACAUGCUCCGGACCGGCAAGUCCGUCGACGACCUCAUCAACUUUGAUGACUAUGACUCCGAUCGCUCCGAUGCUGCCUCCCUCCACUCGGAAAUCACGAGGCUCAAGACAAUCAACUCCAGCCUUAUUCGUAAACUAAAAUCCAUCGAAUCUAUCCUUGCUGAUGUCUCCUUUAAGUAGUUUAUGAUCGUUGUUGUACUCUCUAAUCUCUUAACGAUUGUGCUUGUACACGACAUCCUUCGACUAUUGGAUCACCAAUUCCUUCACUAUUUCUUUUUUUGCAAUGUCGCAUUCAUCAAUUCCUUUUUUUUUUCAUGCCCCAACUAAUGUUAAAUCGAACUCGCUUGUAAAUUUUCAGUUAUCAUUAUUUUCAUCUCUACUUCAUCAAUAUCUGCCACUUAUUUGUUCCAUUUAUUAGAUCUUCGCUAGUGUAUCUAGUUGCCAAGUAGCUGAGCCUCCGAUGUUUCAUUCUCCCAUCAUCAUAGUACAGUUCAAAAACUUAUUAUAUACCCGAUCUUGUCAUCGUUGUUGCUCUGUAUCAGUCACUUCAUCCUUACGAUUUGCAUUUCUCAAUUGAGUUCUUUAUUCGUCAUAAUAGCUAGCCUCCAGAAGUUCCUGGUAAUGACCAAAUGAAAUUGUUUUAUUUUCUAAUCUCUGGCUCCUCUGAUCGUGAGCAUUGUUCCAUGGG